AUGACCGAUGCCACCGAAUCAACAUGGUCAAUCAACAUAGGUGUCCCUAUCUGUGGCUUUUGUAUGGACGAUUUUCAAGACCUCGUCGUCGUUAUGACUACUUCUCAUCAAAGUCCACGACGAGACAUUCAUUUCCUCUCGAUGCAAACAGGAAACCCCCAUGCCGAUGCCAAAUCUUCUUUUGUAUCUGAGGAAAUUGCCGAAAUUCAGCCUCGUGAUUGUGGAUGUAGAAUCGAAAUCCACGGCGAGCGCGUGGCCAUUCACUUCAAAGGAGCCACACUCCCCGAGGUAGCAGAUUCCACAUCAGUGGUCAUCAUAUGGAACUGGAAGACAGGCGAAAGACUCGCGCGUCUCGGAUCGGAUGAAGGCGCUCUAUUCAACUCAUUCUGUUUUCUGUCUCCAAGUCACCUUUUAGUUGGACGACGAAUAGGUCCUGAAUACGCGGCUACCUUCGCUUGGUUGGAGGUACACGAUUUCAGCAAGGGUCCAGAGCAUAUCGCCAUACACCGGUUUCAGCUGCCUCAGCCACAGUCAAAUAUAAUUUUGAGUGGGUUCAAAAUACUAUCUGAAGUAGCCCCGACUGUCAGCUCUCGCGCCUGGCGUCCCUUCUACACUUCGCCAGCCAAUCGCAUCUGCAUGAUCCAAGUUGAAUACGAGAUAAUGUCCAUGAAUCAAUCUGUCAACUAUAUCGUCUUUGCGUCUACCUUCCUGGGUUUGCUUCCAAAGGCGGAAUCUCCUUCAGAAUCAGCGGAAGGAGGCAAUUUUCUAUGCGCUUCGACUGUUCCAUGGAAAGAUUGGAGCCCACACGCUUGUAUCAUGGUUGAAGAACCAUCACCAGGCUUGGACAAAGUCGUCACUUGCGGAACCCGUAUCGUGCGGCUCCUCGACACUAGCAAUUGGUUCAGAUAUCAGAUUCAAAUACUUGAUUUUAAUCCAUAUGCAAGCUCCCAGGUCAAGGGUGUAGUAGGUUCGAAGGACAACGAGAAGCCGCCGAAAGCGCGUCAACCCUUGGAGUACGAAGAUCGCUGCCCCAAGUCGACGACCGUAACACACGAAUACGUCGAGCCCCAUGUGAUCUUCGAAAGCAUCUUCGAGAAUCCCGUGUUUUCCGCACUACCAUACCUGGCGACGACAACAGUAGAAACAUUCCCAAUAGAUGAUGUGAUGGUAGACUUUGAAAAUAUUUACUUGACAAACCCACAUGGAAUCCGAGUUUUGUCUUUCUAG